AUUUCUGAGCCUGCGCAGCCUGCUGGGCAUGCGCAGGCAGUGCAAGCCGCCGGAGGCGGGGCGUUGGUCGGUGUUCCUUCAGGCCCCGCCCCAGCAGGCGGGCAGCCCGCCCCGCUCCGCCCGGCGGGGGCGGUGCCCGCUGCGGCUGCGCGACUCCGACGCUCCUUGGGGCCGUGCCGGAAUCCCUUGUGUCGCCCCGCGGUGAGGUGUGACAGAAGACCUGCUGUAAAUAAAGCUGUGCCACAGAAUUAGCCGGGGUGGUGUUACCUUACCAUCAGGAGUGUGAACAUGGUCUGUGCAACAUUGAAGCCAUGACGCCAGUUGUGAAUGAAAUACACACAGUAUAUUUUCCUGGCCUCAGUCUUCUACAAUGUUGAAUACAGCCUAGCUCAGACCUGUGCAGUGGAGUCUUUCUCUGUGAAAGACAAUUUUGAUCCAAAAAGGUAUGCAGGGAAAUGGUAUGCCCUGGCCAAGAAGGAUCCAGAAGGCCUUUUCCUUCAGGACAACAUCUCUGCUGAAUACACUGUGGAGGAAGAUGGCACAAUGACGGCGUCCUCCAAAGGCCGAGUGAAGCUUUUUGGUUUCUGGGUGAUCUGUGCUGACAUGGCUGCUCAGUACACGGUACCCGACCCAGCCACUCCAGCAAAAAUGUAUAUGACCUACCAGGGACUGGCCAGCUACCUCUCCAGUGGUGGGGACAACUACUGGGUGAUUGACACUGACUAUGAUAACUAUGCCAUCACCUACGCCUGCCGCAGCCUGAAGGAGGACGGCUCCUGUGAUGAUGGCUACUCCCUGAUCUUCUCGCGCAACCCCCGUGGCCUCCCACCAGCCAUCCAGCGCAUUGUGCGCCAAAAGCAGGAGGAAAUCUGCAUGUCUGGCCAGUUCCAGCCUGUGCUUCAGUCAGGGGCCUGCUAAAAGUAAGCUUCUGAUCCUAUCCUUAAGCACAGAAACCAGACCACUUGGUCUUGAAGUUGCCACUCAACUAAUUAUAAAAAAAAAAUCAUAGUAUGGAAUAGUGUGUUUUUCCUGAAAAACACAUGAAAAUAUUGGGGGAUCUUUAAACAGUGUGCAAUAUAAUAGUGAUAUUUGAAUUUUCAAGGGAAUACCUAAUGUGGCAUUUGUCAAUAAAUGUUUUUGAAAAAAAGGUACCUCUGAAACUGUUUUUUAUUGCCUGUUGUCCAGUCUGUUGGGGAGCAGAAGCACUGAGGAUGCUCACUGAGGAGCAGUGAGACAGCAGUCAAGGGUGCUUCCAGCACAGAUGGGGCAGAGUCACUCCCCAGCACUGAACAGGGGGGGCAGAGCAAGGAUGGUAAGAGGGGCACAUCCCCUGACAGGGCUGAUUGUCAGA